UCGCUGCAGUGUUCCGAUUUCGAUAGGGACGUGUGGUUGCCAUUGAUCCGUCAGUGCAAGUAUUGGUUACCAGUCGUUUUUCACAGCGUAUUCUUGGUGCAAUGUGGUUUUGGAGCUCGUAGUUGCGCCAGGGAACCGUUUCCUACACACGUGGCACCUGCAAAGCUUCUCGAAGUGGGACUUUGACCUGUCGGUGUUCAAAAACAGAUCAUGGAUUUUGUGAGAACCAUAGAUUCUGAUGAUGAACUUGAUAAUGUUUCAGUUUCUAGCUCAGGAGAUGACAAGGAUGCCCAGCAUGACCCAUACUUUGCGGAAGACUUCGAGUUUGGAGAGACCUUUGAAGAGUAUAAUCUGGACCCAUGGCAGGACAUUCAAAAGUACCUUAAAAAGAAACGUCUCUCCAACACAGACCAGAAAAUAGCCCAAGUUCUUGACAAGGGUAAGCAUGAGGAAUCAUUGAAUCAAGAUGAAGCUAUGGAAGAAGGUGAAAGUGACUCAGCUGCCAACACAAAUGCAGAUGAUGAUGGAGAAGAAUCUGCUUCAGAAGAGGAUAAUGUGGAAGAGCUUGGAGACAACAUCCGCGUCAAGGAGGCCGAGCGGCGGCGCAAGGAGAAGAAGCUCGGCCGGCGACAGACGGAGCUGGCCGCCGAGGCCGCCGAGGCGGCCCGCUUCUUCAGCGAGGUCACCGGUGACACGCUCGGCGCCGUCAGCACCUUCCACGAGAUGAACCUGUCGCGGCCGCUGCUCAAGGCGGUGACGGCGCUGGAGUACGUGCACCCGACGCCCAUCCAGGCGGCCACCAUCCCAGUGGCGCUGCUGGGACGCGACAUCUGCGGCUGUGCCGCCACCGGCACCGGCAAGACGGCCGCCUUCAUGCUGCCCAUACUGGAGCGGCUGGUGUUCAAGCCCAAACAGAUCCCAGUGACCCGCGUGCUGGUGCUGGUGCCCACUCGCGAGCUGGGCGUCCAGGUGUACCAGGUGACGCGCCAGCUGUCCCAGUUCGUGCCGACCAUGCAGGUGGCGCUGGCCGCCGGCGGUAUGGACAUCAAGGUCCAGGAGGCGCAGCUGAGGCAGCACCCGGACAUAGUGAUCGCCACGCCCGGGCGGCUGAUUGAUCACCUGCAGAACACGCAGAGCUUCUGCCUCGACACGGUCGAGGUCCUGGUGCUGGACGAGGCCGACAGGAUGCUGGACGAGUACUUCGCCGAGCAGAUGGGAGAGAUCAUCAAGCAGUGCGCGGCCACGCGCCAGACCAUGCUCUUCUCUGCCACCAUGACUGACGACGUGAAGCAGCUGGCGGCCGUCUCGCUCAAGGACCCCGUCAAGGUGUUCGUCAACGAGAACACGGACGUGGCGGCCAACCUAAAGCAGGAGUUUGUCCGGAUACGCCCCGGCCGCCAGGGGGACCGCGAAGCCCUGCUGGCCGGCCUGCUGUUGCGCACCUUCCACGACCGAGUCAUGGUGUUCGUGCAGACCAAGCGGCAGACGCACCGACUUCACAUCGUGCUCGGUCUGCUCGGCGUUCGGGUGGGGGAGCUGCACGGGGACCUGAGCCAGGCGCAGCGGCUCGAGUCGCUGCGCCGCUUCCGGGAGCAGGAGAUCGACGUGCUGCUGGCGACGGACGUGGCCGCGCGCGGGCUCGACAUCCCCGACGUGAAGACGGUGAUCAACUUCACGAUGCCGGCCACGUCGCAGCAGUACGUGCACCGAGUGGGCCGGACGGCGCGCGCCGGCCGCGCCGGCCGCUCCGUCUCCAUGGCGGGCGAGACGGAGCGCGCCAUGAUCCGCGAGAUCAGCCGGCGCAGCCUGAGGCCUGUCGAAAUACGCACCGUGCCGCAGGCGGUAGCGGACCGGUACCGGCUGCGGAUCGAGCGGCUCGAGGCGCAGGUGGACGAGGUGUUCCGGCUCGAGCGCGAGGAGCGCGAGCUGCGCAACAGCGAGGCUCAGCUGACCAAGGCCGAGCGCCAGCUGACCACGCAGCAGGAGCGGCCGCGCACCUGGUUCCAGUCGCAGCAGCAGCGCGCCAAGGCCAAGCAGGCCGCCAAAUUGGAAGUCGGCGACGAAGGCUCUGCCAAGGCCAAGAAGAAGAAAAAGAGGAAGGAGGUGACGGCCGAGCAGCGCGUGGAGAAGGAACUGCAGAAGCGGUACCUGCUGCAGGCCAAGGCGGCCAAGAGGGCGUCCCGACGCGCCGGCGGUCCGGGCGCCACCCCCGUACCAGUGAAGAAGAAGAAGGCGAAGGGUGGCAAGAAGGGUCUGAACCUGACGGCGGAGCUGACCGACACCAGCCAGAGAGCGGUCAAGGGCUACCGGCACAGGGCGACGGAGAGCCUCCGGGAGCGAGCAGCGGAGAAACGGGGCGGCGGCCGCGGCCGGGGACGCGGCAGGGGAGGCCGCCUGCGGCGCGUGUGA